AUGUUUUUAGAUCGUUUUGGGUUAGGCGAGCAACGACGUAUCUAUGGUUCUGAAGGUGGUGAUGAAAAGCCCCGCUUCGUCAACAGUCCACAACGACAGGCCUCGCCAUUUCCGAUCGAAAGCACUAACCGCCGCUUCUACAGACGCAAUAGGAACUCCAAAGGCGAGGAAAUAUUCAACAAUGAGGGGGGCACGUUGUCACGACGGGGUCGGCGGCAGGAUGACAACGCGAGCCGCGGGGCGAGACAAUGCAACCUCAAUGGUCCAACAAAUGUUUGCCAAAGUGAGAGAGAGUGUGAUUCCCCACCGGAGCCAGCACCACCUGAAGUUCCUCCGCGGGGUCCGUCUCUCCAUGUGACCCUAAGACACCGCCCAGCUCCUGACCAGCCAGCUGAUGCAGAUCGCCUGUUCCUGUCUGAAGGUAGGAAUAGAUUAAGUAUGAAUUUAUUUGAGUGGUGCAAUUCAAUGUGA